CUUUCUUCCUUGCGUCUGCACUUCACGAAACCAAUGCGGACGACCUUGUCGUCUGCCUUGACGAGAUUAACGUGCAUAUCGCAUAGCCUGCGGCCGACGUUCCCCCAGUCUUUACCCAUCUUCGCUGGCCGCUGUCAAGCAGCUCGUCGCUUGACCACCUCUUCAAUCCGGUCAUGGAGCCUUGAAGACCUCCCACGCGUCUCGCAAGAGACAAGCCCCCUAAUCUUCCACUUGACCUCGGAUAACCCCUACUAUAACCUCUCAGUCGAGCAUUAUCUGCUUACACACUCCCACCCGGACACAAGAAUCCUCCUCUUCUACACGAACCGACCAUGCGUUGUCAUUGGCCGCAACCAGAACCCUUGGCUCGAGACCGAUCUUAAAAGACUCCAACAGGGACUGCCACCCGACGAAGGGAGAAUCCCACGAACUGCAGAUAACGCCUAUGGCCAGAUCCACGAGACACAACUCCGCAAAGAUGGCACCGCGGUACCAAUUGACCUGGUCCGCCGUCGUAGCGGAGGUGGCACCGUUUUCCACGACUCGGGCAAUUUAAAUUACUCGGUGAUGGUGCCCAACUCCAAAUCCUUCAAGCGCAGCACGCACGCAGACAUGGUCGUCCGGGCUCUUUCCUCUGCAUCCUCGCGCUACCAGUUCGCCGAUAUUCGGGUCAACGACCGCAACGACAUCGUCAUGCGCCGCGAGACUGAAAGCCAGUGGCUAAAGGUCAGCGGCAGCGCAUAUAAGCUUACACGUGGGCGAGCGUUGCACCAUGGGACGUUGCUCUAUUCGAGCCCGUACCUCGAUAAGAUCCCGGGGUUACUGAGGAGCCCCGGGCGCGACUUCAUUGAGGCGAAAGGUGUGGAGAGCGUCAGGAGUCCGGUGGGGAAUCUCGUCUGGACACCUAAUCCGGGAAAGAGGGAGGAAGUCAAACAAGAGAUUACCCAGAGCAUUGUUCGCGAGUUCUGGCGGAUGUAUGGUGCAGAUCAGGAGAGACGGACUGGUUUGAAUGAGGUCACGCUAGGCUCCGAGGAGUGUGCUGAGGACACGAACCCCGACAUUGCGAGUGGAGUAAAGGAAUUGAUGUCGAACGCAUGGCGGUUCGAGCAGACUCCUCGCUUUGACUUCGCCAGUGGGACGGUGGAUGGCACAGCGGUGGCUUUCCAGGCCAAUCGCGGCGUUUUAGAGCAUCUGAGUCUGAAAAGCGUCUCGGGAGCGUCAAUGGAACGCGCGAAGAGCGAUUUCAAGGAAGAGAUCAAGCUGCAUGAUGUGAAGAGCUGGAAGGGACUGAUUACUGGCGGGAACACCCAGGAACAGAACGGACAGAAUAGUAUCGAGAACUCGGCAAGAAACUCAGCAUGGUCAGAAGGAGCCGAUGCGCCAGACGCGCUUGUGAAAAGGAUCGAAGCUGUUUUCCCAAGAUAUAGUAUAGACUAGAAACUUUCAGAUCCACGUUAUGCUGCGAAACGUCGCACUUUUUCAACGGGAUAACCAAAUCAUGAAAAUUUAC